AUGGCUAAUUUACAAAAUUGUUUAAAUACAUGGUUUGAAAUAUCCAAUAAUGCUGAAGAUGAUUUGAAUAAAUUAUCAAUUUGGAUUGAAUUAUACAAAUCUAUUAAGCUUGAAAAUGGACAAAGGAUUUAUGCUACGAAAAAUUUUUAUCAAAGGUCACAUUUUGCUAAUGUUGCUAUAGAAGUGAAAAGAACAACCAAUUAUAGUGAAGAAAAGGAACUAUGCUUCGGAAAAGUACUAUUGUUAUUGCAAUUAACCUAUAAUAAUGCAAUAUAUUCUUUAGUAUUGGUACAAUGGUAUGAUUUCAAGUAUCAAUAUUCUAGACGGCACUAUAAGUAUGAUAAUCCUUAUGUUAAACUACUAGCAGAAUUUAAUCUAGUUCCGCUAAAUUUCUUACAACAUGAA